UCCACCGUCACCACCACCUCCACCACCUCCUCCAACACCACCACCGCCUCCCACUGGCACCAACAGCACACACCGACGCUGCCCGCUCCUCGGCAUUGGACGCCUAGAUGACUGCCGGACCUUGAGAGCGCCUCGAUCAACCGCCGCCGCGGUCGAUAGUGUGAGACGGAAUUCGGGCAUAACCGCGGGCGCUGGCAAGCCAUUUUUACGCGGACAUCUCCUACAACGACGACAACAACAGCAGCAGUGACGACCACGGCUCGCGGACUCCGGCUCUCGACACUGCUCGCUUGCGUCAAUGUCCGCACUCGACGGCGAACGUUCACCUAAGCGGCAGCGACUUGAAUCCUACUCCCCAGCCAGCCCUCGUCCGACCUCAGAGCCGACAAAGGCCUUUAUCCCGAACUACUCAACACCGCCUCCCAGUGUCCGUAUGUCCCCGUCAUGGACGGCGCAGUCACAAACAACGCAUCAACAGCAGCCCGCCAGCGGUGGCAACUUUCCUUCACCUCCGAGCACCGCGGGAUUUCAAACUCGGAUGGCUGGUCGUGAUGGCGCAGAGUCCGGUGGUGAGAACGGACACCAAACUCCUGCGUCGCAAGACGACGGUGAAGCGCGCAAGGACGGUGACGGCGACUCCGCAAUGCUGGACCGGCAGGACAGUGAAGGCGGACAUGAUGGUACACCAGCGGGCACCGAGCACAGAAGGAGCGACCACGAGCGACAAGGAGGCAGCGGAGAGAACACGAUGACAUCGUCAAGCGCAGCGGCGCAGCUCUACAGACUCCCCAUCACUCCCAUCGCACCUUCACAGCCACAUCCCAGUCAGAACCUCCUUGCGCUAUACGAAUUGUCGGACAUCCAACGACGAGUUGCCAGGUUGGAUCCUGCAGGAAAUAAGAUCAAACUUAGAAAGUCCUAUGCUAGCAAGGUUAAGAAUCUUGGUCUCGAAGGACUGAACAAGGCUGUGCCCAACCAAAGUGAGCUGGAAGGACUCGUUGAUCCUCUCUGGAGUAGCGAGGUGGCGCCUGGCCUUACCAUGUGGGAUCAACGCUGGCAGGAAUUCCGACUAGGUGAUGCUGCUGCCGAAACUGAUCUCCUGGGCAAGCUGAACUCUGCAUUACAGUUCCAAACUGGCCGUUUACCAAAGUCGGAACACGAGCAGUGGAGGAAGAGCCUGGGUUUGGACGAGAUCGCGGUGGCUGCGAAGAAUGCGGGCGUGUCCAGAGAUCCAAAGCAGGCCACUGCCAGUGCUCACCUUGCGAGGACUGCGCCAGCUGCCGCCCUCCGCAGUUCUGCACCGUCUUCGCCAAGAAACGGCGCCCGUGCGGUCAGAACGGGCAAGAAGAGAGGUUACGGCGACAGCAGUUUCGAAGGGUACGGCGAAGGAUUCGAAGACGAUGUCUACAGUACAGAUGGCGUGGAUGACGCUGGGCGGCGGAGGGAUCCCAACAAACGCCAAAAGCGAAAGGAGUUUCCAUCCAACACGAAUACUCCGGCAUUCUCUUCCGGUUCAGGUUCAGGCAUCGGGGUGCGGACUUCGUGAAAAAAAGGCACGAACAUGCAAGCCAAUACACUACUCACUGAACUCCAUCCUCCUUCGCUCGGGUCUCGAUUGUCGAAAUGUUCCUUCCACCCGGACACUCGACCGGGUUUGCUGGACUGGCUGCCACUACCACGGCUACCAGCAGAUCUGCGAAUAGAUUCUCGAGCCCCUUCUUUGGUUUUCGUAAACAGUUUCCUCGCGGAUAAAAACAGCGCUCACAUUCGACUGAUUGAAUUAAUAUACCCAUGCUGCGGUGUGGCAGCUUUCUGAUUUCGGGGCAGGCGUUGAUUGUAUCUGGGUUGUUUGUGCAUAAAGUAAGACUGGUCAAACGGCGCAUAUGUAUAGCUCCAUGGGAGCUUUUACGAAAUUUACGGGAGUUCAUGAUGGAGCUGGGAUGGUCAGGUAGGUAUCUGGAAUAGGCGCUGGAGACAUGAGUACAGCUUAGUGCUUGGUAUAAGUUUAGUUGCUUGCGAGAAGACGUAGGCGCUGCAAGUGCAAAAUAGAACAUCACACAGUGC